GUGGUGUGUACCUUAGACAUAUGUACCUAUGUACCUAUAUAGAAUUUGUUGGUGUGGAUUAGGUACUUGGGUACUUAGCCCUAUGAUCGGCACUAUGACGCUGAGGCUCAACCCCCACUAGGUAACAUGGAACCUUAUGAAGGUACCUGACGCAGGUACAGAAGCAAACUCCCUGGUAGCGCUUUCCUAGCUGGUGUCUUACAGUUGGUCGCGUGGGAUAGGUUAGGUAACUACAGGGCAAUCGCGGGGUGAUUUCGCGGGGUAUAUAGAUUAUUUCCAUCGGUGCUUCUAGCUAAUGUUUUUCUCCAAACUCAAACAACUUCUUUUUACACGAACCGCCAUAAACCUUCCGCUUUCUUCUCUUGCAACACAUUGCGACGCGCUGCAACUCUUAACACAAUGGCGCCUCCUAAGAUCAUCAAAGCCUUAGAUGAAUCAGAGGUCAUCUGCACCUAUGACGAGGCUAGCAACCCCAUCAUUCCAAAGAAGACCUUGAAAAGCAUCGGUAAAGAUGUGCUAGACGUCUUUCUCCCGGCCGGUUACCCCCAUACCGUGACGCCUGACUACACUACUUACCAGAUUUACGACUCCCUUCAGGCUUUUUCCAGCACAAUUGCUGGCCUCCUCUCAUCCCGAGCCGUGCUCCAGGGUUUCGGCGUUGGAGAUUCCACCUCUUCGGCAACCGCAGCUGUCCUUCUUACUGUGCUGCAGGAGUCAACUGGCCGACUUGCCACAAUCUUAUUCGCGCACCGUCAUGGUCGAGCUAUAGAGCCAGAGUGCAAAUACUACCGCUUCCUAGCUGAUAUCGUCAAUGAUUCAGCUUUGUUCCUUGAUAUACUCUCUCCAGCUCUACCCGUAUAUCCCAGGAUCCUUGCACUCUGUGGGGCUGGUAUCCUUCGCGCGCUCUGCGGAAUUUCGGGUGGUGCCGCUAAAGCUUCUCUUAGCGCUCACUUCGCCAAGAAUGGGAAUCUUGCCGAGCUUAAUGCUAAGGAUGGAAGUCAAGAGACCGUGAUCUCACUCCUAGGCAUGCUAGUCGGUAGCUUGUUCGUUCAUCUUGUGCACGGAAAGAUAGCUGUGGUGGUUUCGAUGAUUGUCCUUAUUGGUGUCCACCUCUGGACCAACUACCAGGCUGUUCGCUCUGUACAGAUGCGCACUCUGAACAAACAGCGACUCACGAUCAUACUGGAGGAGGUAUCCAGUCCUCGUGGUGCCAUCCUCCGUCCCGACCAAGUGGCAGCAAAAGAGCGAAUUCUUACGUGGGUCAGUCCGCGUAUCACAUUUGCCACAACAUUCCCCCGGCUUCGCGAGAUUAGUCACUUCAAGAAUCAGAAGUAUCGAAACCGGGGCUAUGUUAUUGUUCAGCAGCCCACAGGUCAAAAGAUCUUCUUGAAGCAGGGUACCCCUACGAUGGCUGCUUUACAAGCAUGGGUCGAGGCUUACACGGGAUCACAUUGGCCGGCGGACAGCGUAUUCUGGAAGAGCCUUAAGACUGCUGGUUGGGACCUCGAGACAAAUGCCAUGGAGACAGGCCCUUCUGUCCGGAUCGUUAUGGGCGAUGAGGAUAAGUCGGCUUAGUAGAGGCGUUAUGGAAGGAGGGCUGAGUAUCGGAUUUCCUUUUCUUUGAUAAUGGGGUUUUGGAAGUUUUAAGGACGAUCGGAUGGAAACCGGAUGAUACCCCCAAUAUGCAUUGCUUUUUAGGCUCAAGUACUUAUUACAAGUAGGAAGCAUAUACUCAAAUGGAGCCU